AUGCCUCUCUACUACGAUGGCGAUCUUCAUGAAUCUUUUGCUAAUAAUCCUUCAAGUUUAGAGGGAAGGUUACUGUUCGCUGUACCCAAGAAGGGACGGCUAUUACAAGCAGCACUUGAUCUUUUGCAAGGUGCAGACAUACAAUUUCGAAGAGAAUCACGCCUCGACAUUGCUUUGGUCAAGAAUUUACCUAUUGCUCUCGUUUUCCUCCCUGCGGCAGAUAUUCCUACGUUUGUUGGUGAAGGACGAGUCAGUCUUGGUAUUACUGGUCAAGAUACUGUGGCCGAACAUGCAGCUAGUGUUGAAGCUAUGAGGAGAGAGCGAGCAGAGUCUGGCCAGUCAACACCAGUCGAGCAAGACAAUGUUCAGGGUUGUGAGGAGGUUAUGGAUUUAGGAUUUGGCUCUUGCAAACUGCAAGUCCAAGUACCAGAGAAAGGACAAUACGUCAAACCUUCAGAUUUGAUCGGAAAGAAUAUUGGCACGAGCUUUGUGCACCUCGCAGAGGAGUACUUUGCAGCAUUGGAACGGGAUGUAGAUAUUAGUGAGAGCAAUGGAGAGAAGCCCGCAAAGAAGUUGAGGACCAAAAUCAUCGAAUUGAGCGGAAGUGUCGAAGCAGCAUGUGCCUUAGGUGUGGCUGACGGGAUCGUGGAUCUAGUUGAGUCAGGAGAGACAAUGAAGGCCGCUGGCUUGAAAGCCAUUGAUACUGUUGUAUCAAGUUCCGCCGUGCUUAUUAGGUCGAAGAACCCCUCAAAUCCGGCCAUUGUCAAUCUCAUCGCCUCCAGGAUCCGCGGUGUCAUAACCGCUCAAAAGUACGUCCUUUGCCAGUACAAUGUUCGGAGAGAAAGCUUGCCGGCAGCAGCCAAGAUUACCCCGGGCAAGCGAGCACCCACAAUCAACGCCCUUGAAGAAGAGGGCUGGGUUGCUGUUAGUUCAAUGGUGGAGAAGAAAAAAAUUGCGACGGUGAUGGAUGAAUUGACGGAAGUUGGAGCUCAGGAUAUCCUGGUUCUAGACAUUGCAAACACAAGAACAGGAUAA